AUGGGGCCUCGGCUGCCAUGCCGAGGGCCCCAAUUCCUCCAUUAUGGCGUAUUAGUGAGCAAUGAGCUUUACCUGCGUUUUCUGGCCCGCCAGAAACGCUCACUCGCCUCGUCGCUCUCCCUCCUGUCUCCCUCGCCAGAGCCCAACUUCGUCUCGUCCUACGACAUCGGCAACUUCACCUACUUCUUCUUCCGGAGAACGCGGUGGAGCACGACUGGCGGCCGCACCGUGUUCUCGCGCGCGGGCCGCGUCUGCAAGAACGACAUCGGCGGCCGCUUCCUGCUGGAGGACACCUGGACCACCUUCAUGAAGGCCAGGCUGAACUGCUCGCGGCCGGGGGAGAUCCCGUUCAACUACAACGAGCUGCAGGACACCUUUUACCUGCCGGAGCUGGAGCUGAUCUACGGCAUAUUCACCACGAAUGUGAACAGCAUCGCCGCGUCCGCAGUGUGUGCCUUCAAUCUCAGCGCCAUCACCCAGGUUUUCAGGGGGCCCUUCAAGUACCAGGAGAACUCGCGCUCCGCCUGGCUGCCCUACCCGAACCCGAACCCAGACUUCCAGUGUGGCACCAUCGACUACGGCUCCUACGUGAACCUGACAGAAAGAAACCUGCAGGACGCCCAGAAGUUCCUGCUGAUGCAUGAGGUGGUGCAGCCCGUGGUGCCUGUACCCUACUUCAUGGAGGACAAUGUCCGCUUCACCCAUGUGGCGGUGGACGUGGUACAGGGCAAAGACAUGCUCUUCCACAUCAUCUACCUGGCUACUGACUACGGCACCAUCAGGAAGGUGCUCUCACCUGUCAAUCGGUCCAUGGGGAGCUGCUUAUUGGAAGAAAUCGAGCUGUUCCCGCCCAGGAAGCGGCAGCCGAUCAGAAGCCUGCUGAUUCUGCACAGCCGUAGUGAACUGUAUGUGGGCGUCAGAGACCAGGUCAUCAAGAUCCCACUGAUGAGGUGCAACUACCACAAGACCAGAGAGGCGUGUGUUGGGGCCAGGGACCCGUACUGCGGUUGGGACCUGGUGCUGAAGAAAUGCACCACCCUGGAGGAGAGCCUCCGGAUGAGCCAGUGGGAGCAGAGCAUCACCAAGUGUCCCGUCCGUAAUGUGACAGUGGAUGGGGGCUUCAGUGCCUGGUCAGGCUGGGCAGCCUGCAGCCAUAAUGAUGGAGGCAGCGCAGGGUCCUGUCUGUGUCGAACCCGAGCCUGUGAUAGCCCAACUCCCCAGUGUGGAGGCCAGCGGUGCCACGGCAUCAGCGUUGAGGUCGCCAAUUGUUCAAGAAACGGAGCGUGGACACCUUGGACGUCGUGGUCCCCCUGCAGCACCAGCUGCGGCAUCGGCUUCCAAGUCCGACAGCGCUCCUGUAGCAACCCCACCCCGCGCCACGGCGGACGAGUGUGUGUGGGCCAGAACCGUGAGGAGAGGUACUGCAACGAGCACCUGCCCUGUCCACCCCACGUCUACUGGUCGGCCUGGUCAGCAUGGGAGCGCUGCACCGUGCCCUGUGGAGGAGGCAUCCAGUCACGGCGCAGAACGUGCGAGAACGGCAAUGAGUGUCCCGGGUGUGGUCAGGAGUACCAGUCGUGCAACACCCUCCCCUGCCCCGACCUGAAGAAGACCACGCCGUGGACGCCUUGGACCCCUGUCAACAUCUCUGACAACGGUGGCCACUAUGAGCAGCGCUUCCGCUACACUUGCAAGGCCCGCAUCCCAGACCCCAGCCUGCUGGAAGUGGGCCGGCAGAGGAUUGAGAUGCGUUACUGCUCCAGUGAUGGAUCAACUGGCUGCUCCACCGACGGACUAUCGGGCGAGGUGCUUCGUCUGGGGAGGAUUUCGGGCCACACUGUGAACGGAGGCUGGUCAUCCUGGAGCUCCUGGUCCCAGUGCAGCAGAGACUGCAGCCGGGGAAUCCGCAGCCGCAAGCGGACUUGCACCAACCCCGAGCCCAAAUACGGAGGCCAGACCUGUCAGGGAUCAGCACAAGAGUAUCAGGAGUGUAACAUCACCCCCUGCCCAGGUAAGAGACGCCUGUGCACGCCACUCUUUACGGAUUUCACCCAAAGCAUUCCCAUCCCAUGGCGUCAGAUACUAUCAACGCUGUUGAUAAAGCCUCAAUACGUUGAUGUGCAAGGCCCCCUGGGUAUCUGUGUAGAGGCCUUCAAUAAGAACAAUCUGAUUCUGGAGGAAAGGAACAAAUACUUCAACCCUCAGCUCACCGGGAAGACCUACACCAACGCAUACUUCACCGACCUCAACACCUAUGACGACUACUAACCCUCAGCUCGGCAAGUCACCGCUCCUUGACCGACCAGGGACACCGACCCCGCUCGCCCGUCUCGACUUCGUCUCUUCCCUUUUCUUUCUUUUGGGAGGUUUUUUUUUUUGUGUGUGUGCACCGUAAUGCGAUGUGUGACACCUUGCGUGGGACUGUCUCACUCCGAGGCCUAAUGGCAGCCGGUGUGUAGUCAGAACACAGACACACGGUGUUGCCGACGGAGGGAAAUUCCCACUUUCUCUCAGGUGCCUUAGGGUGCACUUGGAAAGCUCAACUUUUGGGGGUGAGGAAGAAAAAAAAACAGUCUUCUUGACUUGACUGUCGCAACGAAAUGAACAACUGGAUUUUAUUGUUUUUUUCCAAUGCGGACGAAAAAUGUAUAAAUAUUAAAAAAAACGGAAAGGAAGGAACCGCCGGAGGAGGAGGAGGUUGUGGAAACUGACGACCCCUGACGACCCCUGUCCCUUUUGACCCUUUCCUGCGAUGCCUCUAAGAACAGACCGGCGUUCGUGUGGAGGGACGUAACCACCCAAACUGCUUUGCAUGACUUCAUCUAUAGUCUGUUUGUUUUGCAUGGUGGAUUCCAUCCCAGGGUGUCGGAGACGCGCAGGCAGUGCUUUGCCGGGCUUCGGUCCGGGCCCGGUUUUGUCCGAUAGUGUCCCGGAAACGGAGGCCGCAGCGGACGCCCCCCGACGACUUCGGCCGUCCGACGUGUUACAGUCCCCUCCCGAUGGGUCAGCAUCAGCCCCCCCCCGGCCCUAAAAUCAGGAUGUAGAUAUUUAAAGUCUCGCGGUCGCGUUUGUCCAUGUUUAAAUUUCAGUUGUGUUUUUAUUGUAUUUUUUUUUCUCGGUUCCGGGCUGUGGCGGCGUCCAGCAGCUAGCAGUGGUCGACCUAUUGGUUCAAAAAAAUUUUUUUUAUUUUUGUCGCUUUUGUUGUUUUUUGCAAGUUUAGUCCGGCGCCUCUCUCUGUAGUUUUUUAAUAAACACAUUUAAUCAAUGUCUCAAGUGGAGGGGGAAAAAAAAAGUUGCAAAAUAGUUUUCUUUUCAAAAAAAGAAGAAGAAGAAGAAGAAGAAGAAGAAGAAGAGAGAAACGAUUCAUGUGCAUUCAUUUUAAAAAAUUUUAAAAAAAGAAAGAAAAAAGAUCAGGAAUAUUCACGAUGACCUGUACCGAUUUUAAGUUUUUGUCACCGUACUUUUUAUAUAUUUGUAAGUAAAAAAAACAAAAAAAACAGCCAUUUUGAUAGUGUUGGUCGUUCCUUUGGCCGCGUAGCCGACGGGCUUGUUAACGUGUACAGGUGGAGGCGGCGAACACUCGAGCGGUGCACACAAGCGAGGCGAGGCCCGUCAUCAUCCGGAGACAUUUCUUUUCAGAAUGCACCCAUGCUCAGAUAUUACUCAGUGGUUCGGUUGUAACUAACUUCUUUUCUUUCUUUUUUUUACAUGUUGGCUUGUGUUAUUGUGCAUAAAUUAAAGAUGCUUU